AGCGUUAUAAGCUAUGAUUUGCAAACACAAAAGUAGAUAAACGGAAACGACUGGUACAUUUUGCAAACAAGCGCAUGUGUUGUUUUUACCGUGUCAUCUGAAUGCAUUUAGAAGUUAAUUAUAAUUUAAUGAAUUUGUUUAAGCAAUCAUUUUAAAAAUUUUAAGUUUUCAGAGAAAAAAUAUUGCAAGAAAGUAGAAUGAGGAUGUAUUAAAGUGUUGUGAGAAAAGUAAGACAGUUAUUAAAAAGCAAUCAUGGUUGACUGUACAUCUUACAUCAGGAGGAUCCCUUAUUAUAAUGUAAAAUUGCAUUACUUUCUUUUUAAUGGAGCUAUGGCAUGUAUUAUUCCAUACUUUCCUAUCCAUGCAAAAGAAAUCGGCAUCUCGGCAGUAUCGGUCGGUAUUAUUUACUGCUUACUACCAAUUGUUACAAUGCUUCUAAAACCUCUGUUUGGGGCCAUCGCUGACCAUUUUAACAAUUUAAAGACGUUACUGCUCAUAUUUUUAGGUGUCAUUAUGCUAACUUCUACUCUCACUGUUUCCAUACCCAGAAAGCAGAGUAUGAUAGGAAGUGAAAUACGUUGUUCCGCAUCAGGUACAAGCCUCUAUUUUAAAGCCAAACCUAGUCAAGAUUGCAUGAUAGAUGUUUUGUUGUUGAAGCCAUUAAAAUGUUACAUGUAUUGCACAGAAUGCCUGGAAUUUAAAAAUGUGCCAUCUAGUAAAAACACGUCCAGUCAAAUUUGUUCCAAAAAGGUGAUGCACCCAGCAGAAAUUGAACUAGAUUUAGAAAAGACUAACAACUCUACUCACGUUUUUAAUGUGAAAACCAUGACACUUUCGGAAAGAGUGAUGAACACUCUUUGCUUUGUGAACUUGACUUUUAGUUGCAAUUCAUUCUGUGAACCCAUCUUGCAGGAAUGUUUCUCUGGGAAGGAAGAGCCUGAAUACCACAGCGAUCAAUUUUGGUUGUUUUUUAUAUUUGCCACAUUAUGUGUUAGCUUAUAUGGUGUUGCUACUUCUUUCUCUGAUGCAACAUGUUUUAAUGAACUUGGCGAGAAUGGGCAUCUCUACGGUAGGCAGCGAUUGUGGGGAACAAUCGGAUGGGGUCUUCUCUCGCCGCUUGCUGGUUUUUUCAAUGAUCUCAUCACCGGAGAUUCUUUCCUAAAGGCCUAUCAACCUGGCGCAAUUCUGCAAGUUCUGAUUUUGUUAAGUGAUCUCUGUGUUGUAAACAGAUUAAAAACAAAGAACUAUAAGUUUUCUCAAAGCAUUCUUAAAGAUAUGAAGACUGUUCUCUGUAGGUUUAAAGUAGUUGCUUUUGUAAUUGCUGUCAUGGUCAUUGGAUCUUUUACUGCUUUGAUUUGGUCUUUCUUAUUUUGGUUUUUAGUCACUAAAGGAGCCAACAAAAUUCUUUUGGGAAUCAUUCCUGCAGUGCAGUGCUUCUUAGGAGAGUUUGUGUUCUUUUUUUUCUCAGGACAAAUUAUCACCAAACUUGGUCAUUUUAAUGUCCUGUCCAUAACUUUUGUUUGUUUUUUCUUGAGAUUUUUUGCUUAUUCUCAAAUUCAAGAUCCUUGGAUGGUAUUACCAAUAGAGAUUCUUCAAGGUCCAACCUAUGGUUUGUUUUAUUCAACGAUGGCGUCAUUUGCACACGAGGCUGCUUUACCUGGUACUGAAGUUACUGUUCAAGGACUUGUUGGAAGUGCUUUUGAACUUGGUAUGUGCCUAGGUAACCUUAUUGGUGGCUUUGUAAUGCAAAACUAUGAUGGAGCUUUCAUGUUUUACUAUGCUGCUCAGAUUUCUGUGUCAUAUCUUGCUGCUCAUGUCCUUUUCACAGUGCUUAUAAAGUAUUUUGAUAGAAAAGAAAAAGAAAGAACUAAUGAAGAAAGUACGCCUCCAGCAGAAGAAAGUGCCUCUUUUAUGUGAAGUCAGUUAAGAAUAUUAUUCACCCACUCCAUGUCCAAAGACUUCACUAUUUAUUUGUUUAUCAUUAUCAUUUGAGCAUUUUACCAAUACUGGUUAUUCUAAACGGAAAUCAGUAUUUUCCUGUGAAUCUCUUUUCAUAUGACAAUUUUUUCAUAUUACUUAAUAGAAAUAGAAUUGGUUAAAAGGGAUGAUAUAAAAGUUCCAUUUAACAAAUCAAUUUACAUAAGUGAUACAGUUUUCAAGCCAAAAGAUUCAAACCAUUUAAACAUUAUUGAUUCCAGUCAACAGGUUAUAAUUAGCGUUUAUAAACCUAUCGUAGAUUUGGAUAAACAAAUACUGAUUUAAAUCAAAGGAUUAGAAUUACAAUUUUAAACCAGAAUUAAAAUAGUGAUUUGGAUGACUAAAUCCAUUGAGGAACAAGUGAUCUGAGUCUUCAAACUAAUAGAUUCAAAUCAAUAGAUGGAUGAACAGUUAUUCAAAUUGCUGAUUCCAGUUAAUAGGUUUUAAUCAGCAGAUUCAAAAGUAUAAUAGAUUUGAAUCAACCUACUGAUUUAAAUCAACAGAUUAGAAUUAUUAAUACAAGCAAGAUUUAAAAUAGUGAUUCCUUUCUUGAGAAUAAUGAACAAGUGAUUUGAGUCUUCAUAGCAAUAGACUUGGAUAACUUAUUCAAAUCAGCAAAAUAAUGGAUUAAUAGAGAUUAAAAUUGUUGAUUUUAAUUAACAGGUUACAAUUAGCAUGUGCAAUCGUAGAUUUUAAUAAACAAAUACUGAUUUAAAUCAAUAGAUUAGACAUACCAGGAUUUAAAUAGUGAUUUGGAUUACUAAUUCCUUUGUGGUGAAUAAUUUUUUAAUUUGAGUCUCUAAACUAAUAGACUCAAACCGUUGAUUUAAAUCAACAAAAUGAUGGAUAGUCAUUCAAACUGUUGUCUGGUCAACAGAUUAUAAUCAAAUUAAAAAAAAAAAAAUUAGACUUGAAUUAACAUAUUGAUUUAAAUCAACUGAUUAGAAUCACUAAUGCAAAAAUAGGGCUUUGAAUUACGAAUUCCUUUGUUGUGAACAAUGAACAAGUAAUUCAAGUCUUCAACACUAUAGACUUGGAUAACUUAUUGAAAUCAUCAAAAUAAUGAAUUCAUAGUGAUAGAAAUAGUUUAUUCCCCUCAACUGGCUAUAAUGAAUGGAUGUAAACUUAUAGAUUUGAAAUAUCUGAAUACUGAUUGAAGGCAAUAUAUUAGAAUCAUUAAUUUAAUCCUGAACUAAUAGAGUGAUUAGAUUCAAAUGAAUGUUAGUCCUUUCUCUGUAUCCAAUUUUAUUUGAAACUUACAGUGCAGCUAAGAUCAGUGUUAAAAUUAUUAUUCCAUUUCCUAAUCUCAUUGAUGUUGUUGGUUUUUUGUAAUUUGUCUUUAUACAAAUGAAUGCAAGGUGUAAUUUUGUGAUAUAAAUAUUGACAUUAUUUAAAACUAUAAUAUACUUUCAAAAAAUAUGCUAUGAAAUUUUAUAUAUGUAUAGAUUUGUUGUUGCCAGUGAUUCAUAUGAAGUUUUUUUUUUAAUUAAGAUAGUCAGUUUUUUGUAAUAUUUGGCUUUAUACAAAUGAAUGCAGAGUGCAGUUUUGUGAUAUAAACAUUGACAUUAUUUAAGAUUAUAAUAUACUUUCAAAAAAAAAAAAAAACAUGUUAUGAAAUUUUAUAUAUGUAUAGAUUUGUUAUUAAUGGUGAUUCAUUUGAUGUUUUUUUUAAAUAAGAUAUUUCAUAAGUGUGUUGCGAUAUAUUGAGUUUUACUAUUGCCUAGAUACAUUGUCAAUAGGGUGUCUGCUAAUCUAGAAUGAUCAAGGAAGUUUAAAAAUCCAUAAAAUAGUUUUCAUUUUAUAUAAUAAAAUUAAGUACUUCAGGUUAAAGCCAAAGAGCAAGAUUAAAUUAACAAUUUAAAAAUGUUGGUAAUUUAGUAUUUUAAAUUCGAUACCUUUUAUAAACUUAGAAUAUACGUUUUUUGAAACCAUUUUUUUUCUUUUCAAAUUCAUAAUGAUGCUUUGAUUAAACAAAUGGCACAAAAUUUUUAUGUAACUUAAUAAAAAGUAAUAUAUUUAUUAUUGUACAUAAAAUUUAAUUUAUUUUAAAUUUUUCUAGAAGUUUUUUCUCAGAUAAUAUUUUUUUUGUUUCUGGGUGAUUUUCAGGAAUAUCCAUACUAAUUUGUGUCUAUGUAGGCAAGGAAAACAAGCAAACAAAUACUUGAUUAGAAAAUAUAAAUAUUGCAAGUAGUUUCCUAUUAAUAAACUCCAAUGGGCAUCAUAAGCAAAAUAGCAAAGUGACAAAUUUAGUAAAAGGGGGAUAUUAUUGCCCUCUUGCCAUAGAAAUAAGGCAUAAUUCAGAUUUUUUUUUAUGUAAGAUCAAUUAAUUAGCCAAUAAUUCUUUUAAAUAUCUGCAAAGUAUCAUAUUUUUUGGAAAUUUUUUUAAAACACCUAAAAAUUAAUUUGAAGCUAAUCAGUUGAUAUUGGAAAAUAAAAAUGUUACUAAAAUUUUUUUAGAUAUUAUGCGAAUUGUAAUUAUUCAAACUAAUCUGUUUCUCUUUAAUAUUGUCCUAGCAGUAUGGGGAAUUUAACAGUCAAUUAGGAAUCUUGAUCUAAUCUUGCUUCAUCAUAAUGAUAGUAUUAGUUUUAAUUUUUCUGA